UUUACUUUUUUUUAUUAAUUUAUGCUUCAAAUUUUCUGUUGAUGAAUACUAGAAGAAGUAUAUUUUUAUCCACAUUAUUUAUUAUCUCUCAGGACCGUUUUAAAUGGCGGACAUAGCAGGGGCAAUCUUCAGUGCAUUAAGUUGCAUUUGUGGUACUCUAAAUUGCAACUGUAUAGAUCAACAUAGAAAUUUUAAUGAUGAUGUGGGUGAGCUGAGAAGAAAAUUGGACAGUCUAACUAGCCGGAAGCAAGAUAUAGAAUCAAGAAUACAAGUAGCUGAGGCUUGCGGGGGACAAAUGGUUGGACAACAAGUGCAAGAAUGGCUUAAGCAAGCACAAGAGAUCAAUGUUAAAGUGCGAGCAUUUUUAGAAAAGGUGCAGGGAGUCAAAUGGUACAAGCGUGCCUGUCUUGACAAACGUGUUUGCAGAAAAAUUAAUGUGGUGAAGGAAAUGCUUGAAAUAGGUUGUUUUCCUGAAGGCCUUGUUAUUGAGAGAGCUCCAGCUCGUGGAAACAUAAUUCCAACAGAGAAUUUAAUGGGGGGAAUUUCUACUAAAGAGGAAAUUUGGGAGUACUUGAUGGGUGAUGAGGUUGGAAUGAUCGGAGUUUGUGGCAUUGGUGGAGUUGGAAAGACUACAAUCAUGAAGAAUCUCCACAAUGAUUUACAAAGGGAGACUAGAUUUCAAAAAGUGAUAUGGGUCACUGUGUCACAUCCUCUCAAUGUUUUUAAAUUACAAAAGAAGAUUGCUAGUGCUAUGUGCGAAAGACUUCCCGAAGAUGAAGAGGUGAUGAUGCGAGCAGCAGCACUAAUGGAAAUAAUGAGAAGAGAGAGAUUUGUGCUAAUAUUAGAUGAUGUAUGGGAAAGGUUUUCUCUUAAGGAUGUUGGAAUUCCAGAUCCAAAGGCGCAGAAUGGGUGCAAAGUAGUUGUCACUAGUAGAUCGAUUGAAGUAUGCAGUUAUUUGCAUUGUAAGAUUGUUAAAGUGCAACCUCUUUCACAAAAGGAGUCUCUAAAGUUAUUCCUCAAUACAGUUGGAGAUGGUGUUUUAGAAGUUCCAGGGUUGGAAGAAAUCUUGAAGCUUAUUGUGAAAGAGUGUGCUGGCUUACCACUAGCCAUUGUUGUGAUAGCUGGGAGCAUGAGGGGAGUUGAUGAUGUUAAUGUGUGGAGAAAUGCACUGACUGAAUUACGAGAUCAUGUAAUGAGUGUGCAAGAUUCAAAUGAUGAGAUAUUUAAGCAAUUAAGGUUUAGUUUUGAUCGGUUGGGUAGUUUGGAAGUCAAGAAUUGUUUUCUUUAUUGCUCCUUCUUUGAGGAGGAUUAUGUGUUUUCUAGAAGAGAGUUGAUAGAAAGUUGGAUUGAUGAAGGAUUAAUUGAUGGGUUGCCAAGUAGAAAAGCGGCUUAUGAUAGGGGAUAUGCUAUUAUAGAUAGGCUUGAAAAAAAUUUCUUAUUAGAAAAAGAGACUUCUGGGCCUAUUGCGAUUGGUGGAUAUGGAUUUGAUGUGGAUGGUGCUAAGAUGCAUGAUGUAGUGAGAGAUAUGGCCAUCAUAAGCAUUGGUCCUGAAUUUGGAUAUAUGAUAAAAGCUGGUAUGAAUUUGGUAGAGCUACCAAAUGAGCAAGGUUGGGUAAAAGAUCCUAAAAAGUUGUCUCUAAUGGCAAAUAACAUUUUAAAAGUUCCUCUUAGUCUGUCCCCAAAGUGUCCAACCCUUUCAACUUUGAUAUUAUCAAGUAAUCUAAAUUUGUCAGAGAUUCCAGAAUCUUUUUUUGGCGAGAUGCUUGCUUUGAAGGUUCUUGAUCUCUCUUACACUGCUAUUAAGACCCUACCUAAUUCCAUCUCUAAUUUGGAGAAUCUAUCUGCUUUGCGAUUACAGCACUGUAUGAAGUUAAAAUACUUGCCUUCCUUAGUGAACCUUAGGGGAUUGAAGAAGUUGGACCUACAUGGGGCAAGGAUUAAGGUGUUCCCUCAAGGCAUGGGGAAGUUGAUAGGUCUUGAAUAUCUUGAUUUGUUAUUUUGUCCAAAUCUGAAAGAGAUUCCAACAGGAAUAUUACCUGACCUUUCCAAUCUGCAGUACUUGGCAGUAUGUUGUUUGCAAGAAACUACAAUGGUGAGAAAUUUAGAAGAGGUUGCUAGAUUGAAGAAGUUGGAGACUUUAGAAUGUAAAUUUGAUGACAUACGAGACUUCAAUUAUUUUGUCAAUAAGUUCAAAGAUUUCCAAAGUGCUGCUGCUUACAGUCUUAUGGUUGCUCGUGCAGAAGACAUGAUUAGAAAGAGCAAAUAUGAGCUUGUAAUUGCUGAUUGCGAGAUCGGGGAAGAAUGUAUAGUGCUUCCAAAUAACCUUGAGGAUUUGUGGAUAAUUGAUUGUAAAAACAUGAAAAGCAGCUUAGACAAAACAGCUUUGUUAGAAAAAGCAAAUGAGUUGAGGAGGUGCCAUAUUAGGGAUAGUGAAGAGAUAGAGUGCGUGGUUGAGUUGGACUCAUCCUCUUCCUCCUCAUCAUGUUGUCCAGUACUUAAUAAGCUUGAACUGUUGGAGCUUUGGGGAUUACAUAGGUUGUGUGAACUUGUGAGAGUGGAAGGAGUAGCAACACCACUGCACGUCUUUUCCAAUCUUAAACAGCUUGAUAUAAGUUACUGUCCGAGGAUGAGGAAGUUGCUUCCACUUGAGCUAUUGCAGGCCCUCCAAAACUUAGAGACGAUUUAUGUUGAUGACUGCGAACAAAUGGAGGAGAUAAUAGCAUCAUCGGAUUCAGAUACAUUAUCAUCAGAUAAAUUCACUUUCACUUUUCCUAAGUUAAGGAUAUUGCGCUUGUGGGACUUACCCCAAUUGAAGAGCAUCUGUAGUGAUGAAGGAGUUGUGCUUGAUAACGGCCAACCAUCUCCUCCUCCUCAUCUUAGAGUGAUCGAGAUAGGUGAAGAGUCAAAAGAAUGGUGGGAAUCAGUGGAGUGGGAUCAUCCUAACGCUAAGAACCUCCUUCAACCUUUCUUGAAAUAUUCAAACAGUUGGUGGGACUGAGGUGUGAAGCGAAGAGCUGCAAAUUGCAAAUGCAAAGCCAAACAUGGCAAGAGCUAUGAAGGAGUUGAUGUGUUGGUGUUUGAGAGCUAUGUCUAAUGGAUUCCCAAGUGUAACAAGCCUUAAUCAAUGCUAUGUAAGUUUCCAAUUUUCAAUCUAAUGUUUUCUAUUCCAUCCAAAUUCUUCUAGAUUUUCUGAACCUUGCUGCCACAGCCAAACAUGGCAGGAGGUAGGAAGGAGUUGAUGUGUUGGUGUGUGAAGCUAUGUCUGGUGGAUGUACAAGUGUAACAAGCUUUAGAUCAAUGUUAUAACCCUUCAAAGGCUUUCACCUCUUCCUCCAAAACCAGUUGCUCUCAACCAUGGUUGGGAUGCAAAUCAUUAUGUACCUCUUGCUACAGUUACUAGACCCAGUUUUAAGAUUGGCCGCCAUUUGCCCCAGUUGUUCAUAAUGAUAUUGCAAAUGAUAUGCUGAUUUAUUGACAAAAGUUGAUGUUUAUUGCCCUUCCAUCAUGCUUAGGAUUGGUUCUGUGCUUUUUCUGGAAUGACAUAACUGCUACUUCAGCAUGCAUCAAAGGGGAAGGAUGGAAGCCAUGCGAUAAUAAGAACUGCUACAAACGAGACCUAUCCAAUCUAAGAAGCAUCAUCCUGGGGAAAUCAUGUCUUCCCAUCAUGGUGACAGUUCGCAACAUCUUACAAGAACUAAAGAUCAACCAUUACUGUUUUGAAACAAAUGCACAAUUGUCAGAAUAUCAAAAACAUGUUCUUAUAUCUGUUUAUGACUUAUGGUGAACAGAAGGGAAAAACCCUUGACAAAAAACAAAGAUUUGACCCUAAAGAUUUUGCUGAUUGUGUUUUCAUUGGUUCUUACCGAGACUACCUAAUACAUGGAAUGAGAUUAU